CCCCCCCCGUGUCCCCCCAGGCUCGGAGAUGCAGCCCUACGUCCCCAUGGUCCUCAACAACCUGGUGGAGAUCAUCAACCGGCCCAACACGCCCAAAACGCUGCUGGAGAACACGGCCAUCACCAUCGGCCGCUUGGGCUUCGUGUGCCCGCAGGAGGUGGCGCCGAUGCUGCAGCAGUUCAUCCGGCCCUGGUGCACCUCCCUGCGGAACAUCCGCGACAACGAGGAGAAGGACUCGGCGUUCCGCGGCAUCUGCGUCAUGAUCGGCGUCAACCCGGGGGGGGUCGUGCAGGAUUUCAUUUUCUUCUGCGACGCCGUGGCGUCCUGGGUGAGCCCCAAGGACGACCUGCGGGACAUGUUCUACAAGAUCCUGCACGGCUUCAAGGCGCAGGUGGGCGAGGAGAACUGGCAGCAGUUCUCGGAGCAGUUCCCCCCGCUGCUCAAGGACCGGCUGGCGGCGUUUUACGGGGUCUAGGCCAGGUGCACACACCUGAGACAGGUCGGCGCCGGGAGCCCCGAGGGGACGGAGCCGAGCCCGGAGCGACCCCCGGGGUUGGGGGGGAACCCCGAGAGCAGCGCGACCCCCGGGGGAGGAAUAAAAAGGGGAGGGG